AUGGAACGCGCUCAACCACCGGCAAACUGGGACCUGGAAAGCGAUGAGAUCGCAUCCGUCACGUCCGAGGACCUGCACGCAAACCGCCCGAACCGCUGGAGCGGCCCCGAGUCAUCCUGGCGGACGCUCACGGGGGAGGAGCGGCUGCUGUGGCGGUCGAUGCAGCAGCUGCACAACGAGGAUUUGGCGCUGCAUCUGUACGAUGCCUUUGCGCUCAGGCGGGCUGGCAGAAACGCAAACACGGCGCGCGGGCUGACCAUCGGGACGGAUGAUGGCCACGACGCCAUAUGGGCGCCGCCCAAGGCCUGGACGGCGUGGCCCCUGAAGGAGAGGCAUGUGCCGCGCGAGACCCUCCUCAAGAAGCACGAGGACGAGGACGAGCGAUUCACGCUUCGCAAGGCAGCGCCAAGGCUUCCGCGCUCUGCACUGCAGGAGGAGCUGGGGGCGACGAUCCUGCGGCUCGCCAAGGAGCGCUUCCGCAAGAGGAAAUGGGGUUUGCCGGUGCAGGCGUCUGCUGCUGAUAUUGCUGCUGCCACUGCUUCGGAGGCUGAGCUUAGCGAUGACGCAGCUUCUCUGCCGUCUUCUCCGCCCAUGUCCGGGCAUGCAGAGUCGGGCGACGAGGACGGCAAGAUGCAGAUUGACCGCGACUCGGACCGCGGCGGCCAGGACGAGGACGAUGAGCAGCCAGCCAAGCGGGCCAGGCGGACGGCGUCCCCUACCUACGAGCCCGUUGUGUCGGCAAACGACGACCUAUCCUACGAGCUCCUCGAUCCGUGCGUCCGCCACAUCGUCGCGCAGCUCGACCGCACCCUCACCAUCCUCCACAACACACGCGUCGCCGGCGUGAGCCAUCUCUCCGACUCGUCGACCGACUCCGACUCCGACUCGCAGACCCCGCGCCGACGCAGCCGCGGCCGCCCGCGGCGCACGCCGCAGCCCGGCGACGACGAGAGCGCUCUUUCCUCGCCAAGUGGCUCUGGCGGCCCGCGCAGGCGAGGCCGUCCUCGCAAGCUGCGCAUACCCAGGGAGGGGGAGACGGAGGACGAGUUCCGGGUGCGGAUCGCGCGCGAGACCCACAGGCGGAUUCCGCCGACGCAGGAGGACAAGGAUGCCGCCUUUGAGGAAUGGCUGCGUGGCGAAGACGUGAGACGGGCGGCGCGGGCAAGGGAGGAAGCAGCCGCCGCCGCCGCGAGCGAGGGCGAGAGCAACGCCGAAGCGAAACUGCGACGAUGGGGCCUACGGGACUGGAGCGACGUGGUGGGCGCGGCUGCCCUGGCGGGCUUCCCGGAGGACGUCAUCAAGCGGACGGCCAAGCGCUGUUCCCGUCUGCUGGGCGAGGGCAUGUUGAUCCGACGCCUCGACGAGACGCCAGCCUCGCGCGGGCCCGACCUGCCGACCGCCGAGUUCGAGUACCGCCCCGAGCCCAUCCGCCCUUUUACCUCGUCGCGGCCUGCCACGUCGUGCUCCUCGGCAGCGUCCUCAUCCGCCAACACCGACGCCGAAGACGACGCCCAAGCCACCCUCCAGCAGCGCCGCCUCGCAUCGCUCGCGUCGACGCCCUCGCCGCGCGGGCGCGGGCGGCCCGGCUCCGCGUCCAGCGCCUCGCGCUCGCGCUCGCGCUCCUCGGCCGGGCUGGCCUUUUGCCCCGUGGCCUCGUGCGAGCGCGCCGCCACGGGCUUCGCGCGCCGCGUCAACCUGCGCCGCCACAUGCACCUCGUGCACCCGGGCCGCGCCGCCCUCGCCGACGCCGCCCCCGCCGAUGCCGACGCCGACAGCGACGACGAGGUCCGAGGCGCCGUGCACGUCGAUGGCUUCCUGCGCCCCAUUGCCGUGGCUCGCGGCUGGCGCGGCGGUGACGUGCGUCGCCGUCGGGCGCCGCCCGGCGGGCUGGGGAAGAGGGCCGCGCGCGGUAGGUCGCGCGUUGACCCUGAUGGUGAUGAGGAGGAUGACGGUGGUGGUGGUGGUGGUCAAGAUGGCCAAGCUCGCCAAGGUGCCGCUGGCAGCAACGGAGGAGACGAGACGGCGGACGACUCGUGCUGA